AUGGCAUGCUGCUGCUAUGCUUGUCACGACUUGGCUGUGGUUCCAGACCAAACCAAUGAAAGUCAGCAGGAUACUCUCAGUCAUUGCUUGCAGCAGUUUCUUCAGGCCUUCUCCCUGCAGACAACAACACAGGGAAUCUUUAGCACUCCAGCCUCUGUCAAGGCCUCCUAUCCUUCCUUGAACGGCAUUCGAGCACUUAGCCUUUUAUGGAUCAUUUCAGGACAUGCUUUACGUCUCACUGAAACAAGCCUUGUGGAUAACAGAAGCACCUUGCAAGCAUCUGAGAAAACAAGUCCCCUGCAUGUGUUUACUGACAGCGGGAAUAAGUACCUGGCCGUGGACUCAUUUUUACUACUCGGAGGUUUGCUCAGCGCCAAAAGUCUCCUAAACUCAAUCCAGAGGAAUGAUGACACCAUGAGCCCCAGUCUUGUGGCAGAUUACUACUUCAAGAGGAUCAGAAGGAUACAGCCCCUGCACAUGUUUGUUCUUCUACUCUAUGUAGGCUUCACCUCUGUGUUCAGUGGAGGACCUUAUGGGGAUGUAUUACAACACCAAUGUGGCAAAUACUGGUGGACAAACCUGCUGUUGAUUAACAAUCUAUUUACAAUCCGAUUAUCAUGCCUACCUUGGACAUGGUACCUCUCACUGGACAUGCAGUGCUAUGUUACAACGCCUCUGCUGAUUCUUGCUCACAGAAAGAACAAAGUUGUAUUUGUUAUCUUAGUGGUUGGCUUCCUGAUGAUGACUGUUUUGACUGGAUUUUUCAUCAUGGCAAAUGCAAGAUCAACGGAUGAUUUCUUAUUUUUCUACUACUAUGAUAAACCGUACUCCAGAUGUGGACCCUUUGUGAUAGGAAUUCUGUUCGGAAUGUACUUGAAACUACAGAAGGAAAGCCUUUUAAAGAAAAAGUGGCAAGUGGCUCUUGGAUGGAUGAGCUCGUUGUCAGUCCUGGCGCUGGUGGUGGGACUAGGCUUUUCCUUUUAUCUUGAUCCAGACCGUUCAGCAACAGGCCCAGCCUUUUACCAUGGACUACACAGAAUAUUGUGGGUGACGGCUCUCAGCUGGGUCAUACUGGCCUGCGAGGAGGGCUAUGGAGGUACUUUAUAUGUGUCUCUAUUUCUCACCAGAGACGUGUAG